AUGACCAGCGAGUCCAGCAGCCACGUCUUCACCUACAUGGGGAUAGGACUUACCAAGGAGGAUAAGCUCUACGAAGACGACACCGCCUCGUACAAGGCUCUGGAGAUAUCGUCAGCUCUCUACAAAGACAAGAGGACCGACAACAUUACCGGAAUUGCGAGCCCUUACGCGUGGUUGUCUAUGGAGAUAGCGCAGUCAACGGAUUCUCUGGAAGAGAUUACGGAGAUUAACCCUCUCGAGAUCGCCGAGUUAUUCGGCAACGUUGGCGGGUUCUGGGACUUGCUGCUCUUGCUGUGGCCAAUAUUUUUCAUCUCCGCAUCGCGCCAGGACCCGCACCUCAAGGGCCGAAACUUCAAGAAAUCCGUUACCAGAGGGUCGGACCGUGUAGUCGAUCUGACAAGGCGAGUCAACAACGCUACCCCGUACCGCGUGAGGCGAAAGGCUGGCGACAGGAAAAGCAACGCAACGGACGAGGACGAGGAGCGCCCACCAGCCUGGGAAACAGGGGGGACGCUGCCCGCAUUCGGACAGCAGGAUCCCUCGUUGAGAACAUCGUCUCGCGGGGUGUCCGGUGAAAUUGUCCCGCAAUCUUCUCGCCGGAGGGAUGGGUCUCCUCCAGACACUGCCGUACCACCGCCCGUGCCUUUAGCGAGAUCGACGAGCCUCGGCGCGGCCACGAGCAUGACGUCAAGCGCUUGUCUGGGCCAAUCAGAGACGCGCCUGUGGAAGGACAUGCCCAGUCUCGCUUCGCGGAGCUCUUUCUCGUCCGACGGAACGGUACCGGAGAUCGGCAGCAGCGGUCGACAAUUGAGCACGGAUGAAGGCAGUGCUCCUGUGACAUACUAGCGAGAUCGAUUCGGGCAAACGUGAGCUGUACGGUAGCCAGCAGUUGCAGCAUCGGCGGCUAUCGAGGUACCUCUGGCCAACGCCGACAGGAUUGUCUUGCGGUCUGACAAGGCCGAAAAAGUUACGUUUCCAACCUUGUCACAAUGAAUUAUGUUUCACGUAGUGUAUUGCCGGCGGCCGAGCCCGAUUUCUUACGCCAUCUUAUCGUUUCUACAACAACGCGAGACUCGAUUCCUUCGGGGGGUGUUUCUUAUGGGCAGGGGCGACGUUCUGUUCAAUUAGCGUUGGGAAGGGCUGAGGAGUGGCGAGUAUUUUGGUGUUAGAAGCAGCAGUGUAACGAUACUGCCCAUUGUUUUAGCUUAGGUUCCACCCAGACAUGUGUCGUCCGUUACCCUGUGCUCCAUGUGUAUCAUUGCUCCCGAGAGUUUCGAGUGCUUCGUGGAUAUCGGGAAAACCUGGCGGACAUUAUCGACUGGCCGCGUAAAUACAUGGUAUAUACUGUAUGUGCCGGUAUGAAUGCCAUGGACGCGGCAGGGAUAAGUCAUACUUCUCCCUUUGUGUUCAUCGCCAAUCCAUUUCCCUCUUUCCCGAUGUGACGUUGCUAUUUUUUCAUUUCUGGGACUUGCGAAACGGGGCUAGUUUCCCUUUGAUGUGUCUGCGUACGGGGGAGGGGAAACCUGGCCGGCGAGAAUCUACAGUAGUAGCAGCAUGGAUUAUCCCGGCACACUAUAGGGGGUGGGGAUAGCAAUUGUCUUUUUGUCUGUCCGUGUGGACGUGGAGCUUGCAGGUAUCACCACUGUCGUGAUCUUAGCCCCCCACGCAAGGGUAAACAUG